CCGGGGGCCACCAACAUGGCGGCUGCCUGACCGCUGCCCCACCGACACCGGGAGCGGGGGAGCGGCGCCGCCGCCGCCCGCCCGGCCCGCACACAGGUUGUGCCAAGGAAUAAGCCAAGAAAAAGCUUUGUUUUAUCCUAGCAUGGCAAAUGAAGAAGAUGAUCCAAUUAUACAAGAGAUUGACGUGUUCCUGGCCAGAAGUCUACUGGAGAAGCUCUAUCUGUUUCAGUAUCCCAUUCGCCCAGCUUCCAUGACCUACGAUGAUGUUACACAUUUGUCAGCGAAGAUAAAACCAAAGCAGCAAAAGGUUGAACUCGAAAUGGCCAUCGAUACUUUGAAUCCGAACUAUUGCCGAAGCAAGGGAGAGCAGAUCGCUCUCAACGUGGAUGGCACCUGUACAGAUGAAACAAGCACCUAUUCCUCGAAGCUGAUGGACAAGCAAACUUUCUGCUCUUCCCAGGCUGCCAGUAAUGUUUCCCGCUAUGCAGCUGCUGUUUAUAAAAAGGGUGAACUUCACUUGACUCCACUACAUGGAAUUCUUCAGCUGAGACCAAGCUUCACCUACUUGGACAAGGCUGAUGCAAAACACCGAGAAAGAGAAGCUGUUAAUGAAGGUGGUGAUUCAUCCCAGGAUGAAGCUGAAGAUGAUGUUAAGCAAAUUACUGUCCGAUUCUCCCGCCCUGAGACCGAACAAGCUCGGCAGCGACGUGUUCAGUCCUAUGAGUUCCUGCAGAAGAGACAGGCAGAAGAGCACUGGGUUCACCUGCAUUAUUAUGGCUUGAAGGAUAGCCGUUCUGAGCACGAGCGCCAGUAUUUAUUUAGUCAAGGUCAUGGCCUUGCUGAAAACACAGAAUUAAUUAAAUCUCCCAGUGAAUAUUUAAUGAUGCUGAUGCCUCCAAGCGUAGAGGAAGAGAAUGAGAAACCAAUGGCUCCAAGCAACGUGCUUUCUAUGGCCCAGCUGAGAACUUUACCCCUUGCUGAUCAGAUCAAGAUCCUGAUGAAGAAUGUGAAGGUGAUGCCGUUCGCCAACCUGCUGGGUCUGCUGGGCUCGGGCACCGACCCCACGGCCGUGCUGCGCUGCGUGCAGCAGGUGGCGCUGCUGGUCCAGGGAAACUGGGUGGUGAAAAGUGAUGUUCUCUACCCAAAAGAUACUUCUAGUCCCCACAGUGGAGUUCCUGCAGAAGUGCUCUGUAGAGGGAGAGAUUUUGUUAUGUGGAAGUUCACACAGGACCGCUGGGUGGUGAGAAAGGAAGUAGCAGCAGUUACAAAACUUUGCCCCGAAGAUGUGAAAGACUUCCUAGAGCACAUGUCUGUGGCAAGGAUAAACAAAGGCUGGGAGUUCAUGCUCCCUUAUGAUGAAGAUUUUGUUAAGAAGCAUCCAGAUAUAGUUCAGAGGCAGCAGAUGCUGUGGAUGGGCAUUCAGGCCAAAUUAGAAAAGGUCUAUAAUCUCUUAAAGGAACACUUGACACCAAAGAAACAAGAGGCACAAUCAGCUCAUCCGUUGCUGGUUUCUGGGGAGCAAAGGGUCAACAUGGCUAAAGCAAAAGUCAAGCAGAACUAUGGGCAGCUGGAGAAGGAGUUGCAGAGGCAGAAGGCAGAGAUGAAAUCCAACGACAGCUCGGCCAAGCCGGAUGCUCCCAAUAUCCGCAUUAAGGAGGAGCCUGUGAGUGUGGAGGAGCCCAUGGACACCUCAGCCCACGAGGGCCUGAACAACGGCCUGGUCAAUGGCCUGCACCCAGCCCAGGGCCCCAUGGAGCCUGUGAAUGGCCACCUGCCCGGGGGCUGCAUCGACAGGGUCGCCCAGGAACUGAAGGCCUUUGUGUCCUCCACGUUUAAGAAACAAUUUGUGCUCACCCUGAGUGAGCUUAAACGGUUAUUUAACCUUCACUUAGCCAGUCUGCCUCCAGGACAUACCUUGUUCAGUGGCAUUUCAGACAAAAUGUUACAGGACAUGGUGUUGGACACUGGCUGCAAACAGAUUUUGGUGCCUUUUCCUCCACAGACUGCUGCCUCACCAGAUGAACUAAAGGUCUAUGCACUUUGGGAAGCUGGUGACACUUAUGAUCAGCAUCGCCAAGUUUUGCUUGAAAUCUUUUCGAAAAACUACCGAGUGCGCAGGAAUGUCAUCCAGAGCCAGCUGAGUCAGGAGUGUGGGGAGGAUCUCAACAAGCAGGAGGUGGAUAGAGUGUUAAAGGACUGCUGCGUGAGCUACGGUGGAAUGUGGUAUCUUAAGGGGACGGUGCAGUCCUGACAGCGGGGGCAGAGGUGUCAGGUGAUCUCGGGGACGCAGGAGGAGCCCCAGCAGGUGGCACAGCCAGAGCAAUGCCGUGGCCUCGGCAGCCAGGGCGGGAUCUGAGCUGCCCUGGGGCCCGUGGGCACUGCGGGCAGCCCCUGCCAGCCCAAGACUCAGAGUUUGCAUGGCCUCCGAGGCGCGGCGCCGCCGGGAAGGCACCGUGGGACCCUGUCUGCAGCUUGAUUAAUCUGGGAUUUCUAAUGUAUUGCAAUUCUCCUUCUGUUUCGUUAUGACAAAAUAAAACCAUAUAGUGACACAGA